AUGGUCCGUGAUUUCUCUUCACACAAGGCAAUGUCCGAGAGUGCUGGAAAUUCUCUCCUACAAUCUCCAAAUAAAAGCAUGGUUCGCAAGUCUCAAGGAGCCAAGUUUCCACAAUUGUGCAUCGUAAUGUGGGUAACUUUGAAUGGCUUCAUCUGGGAAGCGAGCGCUGCCGGAGAGUGUGGGAGGAUCCCAAUCAGGGUGGCGUUCGCCAGCCUGAGUCCUUGCAUGGUGGCAGCUAGAGACCCCCGGGCUAAGGUCCCACCCCUCUGCUGUGAUAGAGUCAACACGCUCAUUCGGACCAAUCCUCGCUGCCUCAACACUGUUUUUCAUUCUCCUGCAGCAAAGUUUGCUGGGAUCGUUCCGGCCGCGGCAAUGUCAAUCCCCAAGAGGUGCAACAUUAGGAACAGGCCUGCCAGAAGGAAUGCAUAA